AGGGAUCCUGAUUCACAAGUCUCCCGUUCCUUUAGUAAGGUGACCACCUCUCUCUCUCCCAUUGAGCUCCUUGCACAGCCUGGGAGGUCCCCUCAGGGUCGCGCAAUGUCCAGCCCUGCUCCCUCAGGCACUCAGGUCCAGCCCGGGAGCCUGCGCCCCUGUCCGGGAGCUGUUUCCCCAGUUGUCCCGCGCCGACUAGCUCGGGGACGCCUGGAGUCAUCCUUCUCUGUCGAGGCCAUCCUGGCGAGACCCAAGACCCGAGAGCUGGCGGCCACCUCUCUGCCGCUCUCUACCUGCACCAGUCUGAACCUCCUCGGUGCGGUGUCGCAGUACGGGGUCCUGCCCUGGGUGUGCUCCACAGGGUCUUGGCUGCCUGCCUACCUGAGCGUGGGCGUCUACCCGCUGUGCUCCAUGUCCUGCGUGCCCGGACUGAAUGUCACUCACCACCAGCAGGGCCUCAGGCUCACAGGAUCAGAGCUACCUUACUGUCUAGGCCCUCUGAAAUGGGCACCCACCGUGGACCUUCGGGACCACGGGACCGAGAGACACACAAAGAGGGUUCGCACAACGUUUAACUUGCAGCAGCUGCAAGAGUUGGAGAAGGUGUUUGCAAAGCAGCACAACCUGGUGGGGAAGGAGAGAGCCCAGCUGGCUGCCAGGCUGCACCUGACGGAGAAUCAGGUGAGGAUCUGGUUCCAAAAUCGCAGGGUGAAGUAUCAGAAGCAGCAAAAACUGAAAUUGCCUUCCUCCUCUGUCAUGGAGGAGCCCUCCAGCAGCUCAGAUGGCAACAUCCAGAGUGAAGAUGCUGAGUUGGGAAUUGGCAGUUAAGGACCGAGCAAGAGGCUUUAGUUAUAUGGGCUAGUUCUUCCUGUGGUACCUGCUGGCCCUCCCUGUCCCACAUCUCAGUGAAGAGCUUCCUUAAGGUCAAAGGACACCAAAUGUACUUGGACAAUCAAGCAAGGGAACUCUGGAAGCAGCAUAAUGGAUUGACCUAUGUCCUUGGCCAGGUUUUAUGUCUUGCGGAUAGAGGUAUAUUGAUAACUUACACAUCUCUCCCAGGGUGAGUUAAGGUCUGUAAAGCACUUACAGAGUACCAGCUGGUGAGGUUUAUGGGAUAGACGCUGUCCCAGCUCUGCCCUGAAGAUGGAUUCAUCAGCUCUCUCCUGGCCUGGCUAUGGAGAAUAGGCAGCCUUGAAUCAGCAUCACAGUGUGGAAAGACUCUCCCCAAAGUCUAGAGAGAAGGAGAUUUCUUAGCUCGCUUCAAACAAAGUUUCCUGCAUUUCAACCCUAUUUCUUUUCCUCUUGUCACCCUCCUCUGUAUCUGGGGAUGACUUUGGAUUCCUGACCCUCUACUUCCCACGUGCUGGGAUUACAGCUGCUUUUUUUUUUUUUUUUUUUGGAGGGGUGGGGAGAUUACAGAUUCUCAUUAUGUGGCACAGAUUGGCUUCAAAUGCAUGGAAAUUCUCCUGUUUUAACCUCUCUAGUGUUGAGGUAAUGGGUAAAAGCCUCCAUGCUUUGCCCAAAGUUUUCUUGUCUGAGACUACUUUCAAUAGGAGUCCAUGUCAUAGUGAGCUCAGGUUUAUGGUAACUGGUUCCUUGGAA